AUGUCUUACAACAAGCCCACAAGCCCUCCACCCUCCUACCCGGCCCAGGCCCACGACGCCGGCCCCUACUACCCGCCACCGCAAGGCCAAAGCCCCGGCGCCGCGAACGAAUACUACGGUGGCGGCCAGCCCCAACAGCAGGGCUACUACCCACCCCAGCAAGGCUAUGGUCAGCCACAACAACCACAGCAGGGCUAUUACCCCCAGGGCCAGCCAAUGUACUACCCCCCGCAGCAGGGCCAGGGCUACCCCCCCUCAACAACAACAGGGUUACUAUGCCAAUGA